AUGACGAAUAGCAUUGAAGGAAAAUCACUGCCCAACAACUACCCACCAAAUAAUUUCACUUCAUAUCAUUCCUAUUCUACACAGGCAACAGAAAAGAGGAAGGGAGCAUUUGUUGUGGUUGAAGAGGAAGAACAUGCUCAUGUUUGUUAUUAUAAUGAUGGCAAAAGAGUUUCGUAUGGAAGUGUUGUGCAAGAUGUGGUGUGGAAUGAGGAGUAUGUUAUGAAUAGUUGGAGGAUUGAGAAUGAGGAGAAGGAGAGUAAGGUGUUUCAGGGUUUGUUGUUGAUUGUGUUGGUGGCAAUUGUUGCUGUUGGGUUAUUGGCCAUCUUGUUUGGUGUAUUGUCAGCUUCGAAUAUUGACGACAAUGCUUUUUAUUUACCUACUUCAUGCACUGUUUUGGAAAGAUAUGGUUGCUCAUGUGAAAAUGAAGAUUCGAAUAGGUUUCUUUCCGUGAUUAAUACAGUUUCUAAACUAUUUGAUUCAACUAAUUCCCAUCUGAAACAGUAUGAAUCAGCAAAUCCAGAGCCAAAUCCUUAUCCAUGCCCUACAAUCAGAAAGUGUGUCUUUAAAACUCUGAUACAUUCUAACAAUUCCAUGGACAUUAGGACAACAUGCGUGCUCUUUCCAGAAUCGAAUUAUCCUAUUGGAUCGAAUACGACUUGCUAUUUGAGUGAGCAACAUUCUAAACUGGUUUCCUUCACUUUUUACUCGAGUGUGAAUGAGGCAAUGAAGAUGAUUGCUAUUUUGUUUGGUAUUAUUGCAAGCAGCUUGUUGGUUGUAACUAUUUUCUUUUCUAUUUGUGUUGCAGGUUUUAAACUUUGCCAGAGAAGGAAAAUUGCCUUAAUGAGAAGAAAUUUAAAUUCAGCCAUAGUUUUAUAA